UUUGCGUGCCACCGCCCAAUGGCCGACCCGACGUGAAUUGAAUGUUACUGCCUAUACAUAGCCAGUUCACCUGAACUAGUCCUCCGUGGCAUACCCCCGUCUUUAGCUCGCUCCUCUCAUCUCCGGCUCUGGUAGCCUGGCUGGCUGUAUCCUCUUGAGAACGUUAAUGCAAACCCUGGAUGUCUUCGCCUGUAUUUCUACGAGUCAGGGGCAUCGCCUUCACUAUUGUAUCGUUUACCAGUCUAGUGUGGAUUGUAUUAUUAUGCCUGGAGAUAUUCCUACGUUGGGAUGUUUCUGACCCUCAACAACGAUCAUUCGCAGUCCUCCUUCUCAUCGUCAACACUAUCACGAUUGUCAUGCUCCCGCUCUUAAUCUUGACUAGAUUCCGAGUAUGGCUGGAUGCUGCACGCCUAUUGUUUCUCCUCAUGGCACAUAUCGGAGUGGCCGUGGCCUACGUCGCCUGGACGCCGAAAUUUCACUGUCCUGAUCAAACGCCUGACCAGCAAGGCGUCUGCAUGUUGGUUAACAUGUACAUCUUAAUAGCCAGCUGGGUGAAUCCGGCUUUCCUUUUGACCUAUGCUGCCUUUCUGAUUAUUAUGGUGCUUCGAUCUCCGCUUCCUCUCGAUGCCGAGCCGACCCCGGAGGAUGAUCUGGAGAAGGCAAAAGGGCGGGCGUCCACUCUCCCGUUACAAGGAGUUGGGGAUAGCGGAGCUGCACCAACCAGUGAGAUACGCGACAGCUCGCAGAGAUUGAAGGAUCUGCUGAAUGCUGUGUUCCCUGAUAGUCCCGCAACUGCUGAGCGGGACUCUACUUCCCCGAUGAGAAGUGACAAUCGCAAAUCCGCGAGCAGCAUCAAGCGUGACAGGUUGUCUAAACCUUUGCCGGCCUCCUACUUCUACAAUCAGUAGGACGUGUGAUAUGUAGUGUUUGUAUCCUUGGUAUGCUUAUCAUACAAUGCUACACAGCCCGGCAGUAUUUGUACAAAUGUUGCGUCAAAAUCCGGAAUCAAACGUUUGCGCUGAGAUUGCCAAACAGGAGCAAG